AUGCAGAACAGGAAAGGCUUGCCUGCAGAAAUUGCUUCUGCAAAGCUAAAAAACAACGGUGAGUUAUUGCAAAUGCAGAAAGGAAACAUGAUUGCCACUGGGUAUAAGGAUAAGAGGCAUCUGACAUUUUUAUCGACAUCCCAACAACCAUUUCAUGGUGAAGGUAAGCCAACAUGUAAUCUUAAUUACAACAGACACAUGGGCGGAGUGGACAAGUCAGAUCAGAUGAGGGCGUAUUACCCCGUUGGUCGAGCAGGUAAAAAAUGGUGGAGAUAUUUGCUGUGGUUUGUUAUAAAUUUGAGCAUAGUGAAUUCUCACAUAGUCUAUACGAAAUCGGAGAAAGACCCUCCCCCCAAGAAAGGAUAUGACCACAUGGCAUUCCGUGUUGACGUUGCCGAGCAACUAAUUGCUGGAUACACCUGUAGAAAGCAUCAGGCAGGUAAGCGAGUCGCUUUGGCGGAGCAAGUUGUGGCUCGAGAGACAAUCGGUCAUCACAAAUUAGAAAAAAUUCCAGGUAGGAAAAAGACUUGCAAGGAAUGUUCUACUCAGAAAAGACGAACAGCAAAAGGUGACCUGUAG